CAUUCAUUGGCUGUUUUUUAAGCCGUAUGUAUGUAUGUAUGGGCAUUUUUGACAGAUAUAUUUUGCUUUGAGUCACAGUGACACAGCAACAGCUGACUAGCAUGUUAGCUAAGAGCUUCGUACGGUUGUGACUCGUGAAUUUGCCUCAAUUAUUAGAUAUUCGUUGUAAUUAAGCUUAGCUACUAUAUGCCUUUUUAUUUUGCCCAGCGUAAGGCAUUUCGGACUAUUUGUGUUUUUCUAUUUGCGGAACCAGAACGAACUAUAGUAACUUAACACUACGUUAGCUAGUCGGAUAGCUAGAUAACACUAGCUAGCUAACGUUAGUUCGUACACAUUGAACACAGCACUAAACCUAAUUUUACACCACCAAGCUGAAUUAUGGAUCCGAAUAACACCUCGUACGCUGUGAAACUGUACGUUUACGACAUAUCUAAAGGAAUGGCUCGCCAGCUGAGCCCCCUCAUGCUAGGUAUACAGCUUGAUGGAAUAUGGCACACUGCUAUUGUUGUACAUGGAGAGGAGUUUUUCUAUGGGGGAGAUGGCAUCACAAACUGCCCACCUGGCGGAACAUCCUUGGGACAACCCAACUCCAUAAUAGAUCUGGGCACCACAGAGGUGACUGAGGAGAUCUUUAUGGAGUACCUGUCUUCACUGGGAGAGUCCACGUACAGGGGGAACCAAUACCAUCUGUUUGAGUGGAACUGUAACACGUUCAGUAACGAAGUGGCCCAGUUCCUCACUGGCAGCAAGAUCCCCGGCCACAUCACAGACCUGCCGGCUGAAGUGCUCUCCACGCCUUUCGGCCAGGCGCUACGCCCUCUACUGGACUCCAUCAAUAUUGCACCUCAGGGGGGCAACACCUUCAACGGACACUAUGGCCAGAGAUAGGCCAGAGAUAGGCCGAUAACACAGGUGCACAGAGUAAUAUAUUAUACCAACAGUCUGUGUGUGAGGGGUGGGAGAUCUGCAGCUCACCUUUUGUGAGUCCCUUAGGCUGUGUUCACACAGGCAGCCCAAUUCUGAAUUGUUUUUCACUAAUUGGUCUUUUGACCAAUCAGAUCAGCUCUGAAAAAGAUCUGGUGGGAAACGAUCUGAUGUGAUUGGUCAAAAGACCAAUUAGUGACAAAGUUCAGACAUGGGCUGCCUGAUGUAUGUCAGUCAGUGGGCCAGGCAGAAACCUCACCCUACCUGACCUCUUUAAUACCUUAACACCAACCCAGCCUGGCACACCCCAUCCCCAGCCAUACCUAACUCUCCCCUUUUUCCACUAUAAAGUUGGCCUGAUCCGUGCCUGUAUUUUAGUAUGUCCACGGUUAUCAAGAUGGCUGUAAGUAUAUAAUAAGCUGGAGCUUUCUUCUACUCUCCGUAGGAUCCCAUGAUCGGCUGAAUGUAAAACUAGAGAGCUGCAAAGUUUCUCUCUAGAAAGUGCAGCUCUUUCCUACACGGGUGGGGGUAGGGUACAUUUUUACAUACCUUCUAUGUUUUACUAAAUAAGUAUUAAGCUAUUUUACUGUUAUAUUGUUUUGUGUUCUUUUUUAAUUACCAUGAUAUGACUGGGUUGCCAAUAGAGGGAGAGAAGGAAAGGAAAAGAAAAGAGAAACGGCUAAAGUGGUGAUAAAAUCUAGACAAAUUCUGACUUGCACUUGUCUUUGUAUUGGGAACUUGUGUAUUCACAUGUCUUUGUACCAACAGUCUUGUGUCAAGGUUUAUCCAUCCCUUGAAUACAUCGUCACACACUCUCAGGGUCAUCAUGCGAAGAUGACCUCAAAGUACUGAAUGUUUGAUUUUUCUUUUUAUAACUAAAGAGACCACAACCGGUCGUUUCAAAUCGGAACAAAAAUUCAUAAUGGGCAGAACAAGAAAGGAGGUGGGCAGAGCCAGUUACAAGCAAGCGAGAUCCUUUUGGCGCGUUCUAGCAUACAUUUGCAUAUUUCUGCUUGGGAACACCUACUCUGUGAAGUGCGUGUGCAAUAAAUCAAUUCGCUUUUGCACUCCUAAACAGUGCCAUUUUUAAAAAACUUUAGCAAAGGGUAAAUUCUAGGAAACUUAGUCCACUGUUCAUAACAGUUUCAAGUUUUGGGAACAGAACUGUAAUGAGAUCAAAUGUUUAAAAUGUUUAAUCAAUUAGCAGAAUCUCCAGCUA